AGAGGUCUGCGCUGCUCAACGCUCAAAAUGCCGAGGUUACUUGAUCUGUCACUCUUCCUUCCAUAAGUGGAAAGUGCUGGACUAGGACAUAAACAUGUUCAGCAGCAGACACCUCAGCCUUAGAAAAAGAGGAGGAAUAUGGGGAUUGUGCUUCCUCUUGCUUUACACCAGCCCUCUCUCCUGUUUUGCAAAUUACAGCCACGCAAAACAACUGAUCUAUAAGAUAAAGGAGGAAUUACCCAGAGGGACAUUUAUAGGGGCCAUUGGAGUAGACCUAAAUCUGGAUUUCACUGUGGAGCCCCCCUUUUUGUUCAAUCUCCCGCAAAAGAAGGUCAGCGGACAGUAUGUGAACCUAAAUAAUACCACAGGGGAGCUUUACACAUCUGCUACGGAGAUUGACAGGGAGACCCUCUGUCCUGAUAACUCACAGGGACAGGGCUGUGUCCUCUCGCUGGAUGUGUUUGUGUUGCCUCAGCAGUACUUUCAGCUCGUCAAAGUAAAGAUCUUUAUCGAGGAUGUGAAUGACAACAGGCCAAAGUUCCCUGUGGAUGAGAUCUGUAUGUCAGUCCCAGAAAACACACCCAUCAAUGCACGUUAUGCGGUGGAGCAGUCAGCAGUCGACCCAGACCUGGGUCUUUAUGGCGUGCAGACCUACUGGCUUGUUAAUGACUUUGGCAUGUUCACACUGGACGUUGAGGAGAAUGAGGGAGGUGAGCUUACACCCUUCCUCAUUGUGACAGAGAGUUUGGACAGAGAGACCCAGGCUGAAUACAUUACAGACAUCAUCGCAGAGGAUGGAGGGACCCCUCCUCUGCUCGGAGCGGCUACUUUAAAAAUUGUCAUCACAGAUGUGAAUGAUAACUGCCCCCAAUUCACAGAGUCACAAAUUAAUGUCACUCUGCAUGGGAAUACGACCAAAGAGACACAUUUGGCACGUCUGCAUGCUUUUGACCCUGACCUUGGUGCUAAUGCUCAGAUCAGCUAUGCUUACAGUGAACGUGUGCCAAGGGACACCAGGAGCUUGUUCCAUUUGGACAGAAUCACAGGGGUGAUCAAGCUAGUGGGGAAAAUAGACACUGGCACAGCUUCAUUUUACAAACUCACCAUUCUGGCCAAUGGACCUGGUUGUAUCCCUGCAGUUGCCACUGUUUCUGUUCAUAUCAUCAAAGUUGUUACUGGACCUCCUGCUGUCAUUCCCCGAUACAUUGCCCCAGAAAAGGAUGGGGUGGUGACAAUAAAAGAGUCAGAGCCAGCGUUUUCUCCAAUUGCUUUUUUUACUGUCAAAAACAUUGGCAUGAACCAAAGGGUGGACUGUCAUCUGGAAGGGAGUGGCCCGUUCAGACUCGGCCCCUAUCAGCUGUUCAAGAAUGAAUACCUGCUGGAGACAACGGAGCCUUUGGAUUAUGAGAAGACACAGGAGUACGAGCUAAUUGUGGUUGCUAAGAAUGCCCGAGAUGUUGUCAUUAAAACCUUUCUAAAGGUGCAAGUUUUGGACGAGAACGAUAACGCACCAGUAUUUCAGCAGUCUUUGGUGGAAAUAUCUGUGGAGGAGAACAAUCCGCCAAAUACCUUUCUGACCCAGCUCCAAGCCACAGACCAGGACAGUGAAAAAAGAGGGGAGGUAAUCUAUCUCCUCGGAGGUGAUGCUCCAGGUAUCUUCAUUGUGGAUCGUGUCACUGGUGUCCUGACCGUGACCACAUCGCUGGACCGUGAGGAAAAGGAGACGUACCGGUUCAUAGUGAGAGCAGUGGACCAGGGGACACCCAGGAGGGAGUCAAUUGCGACUGUGGUGGUGUGCGUGCAAGACCGCAAUGACAAUAGUCCACGCUUCAUCAAUAAGGACUUCACGUUCUUUGUGCCGGAGAACUUCCCAGGGUACGGCGAAAUUGGGGUCCUCUCUGUAACGGAUGCCGACGCUGGGGAGAAUGGUUGGGUGGCGCUUUCCAUCCUCAAUGGCAGUGACAUCUUCAUGAUAGACACAGGCCGAGGGGCGCUGAGGGCCAAGACGUCACUGGACCGUGAGCAACAAGGGACAUACCAGCUGUGGAUUGAGGCCGUCGAUGGCGGGGAGCCUGCUCUUUCCUGUGUUACUAUGGUGACUGUGCUGUUGUUGGAUGUAAAUGACAACCCGCCUAUUGUCCUUUUUCCCCAGUCCAAUCAGUCUUACAUGCUGGUACUACCCAAUACAUUACCUGGAACAUCAAUCACAGAGGUCUACGCUGUGGAUAAGGAUACAGGCAUGAAUGCCGUGAUUGCCUAUAGUAUCAUUAAGAGAAAAGGUGGCGAGCCAGGGUCAUUCGCCAUUGACCCAGAAACAGGAAAUAUCACGUUAAGGAGGGAGCUCAGCAACCGGGGCCUCUACAGCCUUCUGGUGAAGGUCAGUGAUCACGGUCAGCCUGAGCCGCUUUACUCAACAGUCAUGGUUAACUUCUUUGUAAAUGAAACUGUGAGCAAUGAGAGCUACAUCCAAAGCCUGCUGACCAGAGAGGCUGAGAUCGAGGUAGAGGAGAGGCCAUGGUACAAAGGCCAGAUGACAGAGGGACCUGAGAGGUAUGAGUUGCUCCCCUGUCAGCCCGUCCUCAUUGCUCUGUCAGUGACAUGUCUAGGGCUGUUCUUCACAGUUGUUAUGCUGACAUCUUACAUAUGCUGCCAGAGAUUUAAGAAGCAGCGAAAGAAAAGAUCUGAUGUGGAAAUACCUUUAAAAAUGAAGAAUGACUCAAUGCAGGUUGUGAACAGAAAGCUCAGGCAGAUCUCAAACAUCUGAUACUCAGUCGUCCACACAAUCCAAAACCGCCACUGUUUACAUGAAUGUUUACAAAACACACUGUGAGAAGCGUAGUUCUUACAUGAAGUUGCUCUUUUUGCUUUCUGAUAUGAUUGUUAUUACUCCAAUAUAUUGUGAUUUGACUUAUGAGUUUUUGUUAUUUAACCAUUUGAAGCCUUUUUGAAUUGGUUUGAUUUCUGUCAAAAACAUG